AUGUCUACGAAUGCAAUAAACAUACAGUUACUUCCUCUCGAAGUUUUGCAAUACAUUUUUAUUCUAUCUGGCAAUCCGCAUUUUCCUCUCGUCUCUCAAAAUUUCUAUAAGGCCGCGAAUUCUCAAACUAGUGUGAAGACUCAGUGGUUGCUGUGUAAAUUUGAGGGGGAUUGCAAGAAAGCUUUGCACAGAGGUAUAAAGUGGAAGUUUUUUAACAAGGAGAUUCUUAAUCAAUUGGACAAUUUGUACCAUCAACAAAAUCCCGGAUGCGAUGUGAUUCCUUGCGAAAAUCGAUCUCUUCCCCAGUGGUUUUUCCGCAAGGAAAAUGAUCAAAUGCUAGAAUUAACAAAAAUUUUUCUCGACCGUAAGGUUUCACCGGACAUGAUGAACGGUUACCCAAUCGUCCAAUCAGCACGAAUAGGAAAUAUCAAAAUGGCAAAACUUUUGAUUCAUUACGGAGCUAAAGUCGAAAUGCUUGCAUUGUAUGUUAGUGUCGAUAGAGGAAAUCUUGAGAUGGUCACACUAUUACUAAAGCACGGUUGUGUCCAGCCAGACUCCAAGGCUUUAGAGAUCGCAGCAGAUAGGAGGGCUAAGAAUGAAAAUUUGGAUAAGAAAGCUGCGGAUAACUUUGGCAAGAUAUUCGAAUUACUGAAAAAUUAUGGUGCCGUCGAGAAUCUUCGUGUGGUUAAUGCUUUUGGUGACGAUAACAAUAAUGAUGCGGGGGGGCACGGACGUAAAAGUUUGAUACUCAAUACUUCAUCUUUUUAUCGAUAA